AUAGGGAGAACCGUGUACAUGAAGAUUGAGAGUUAUGGUGCAGUGGUUUGGUCGUGUUGUUGGUGUGUGCAGGUUCUUUCCGGUGCUACGGGUCUGUAGAGUAAACAACAUCAGGAUGGCAUCUGGUGAGGCUGAGAAUAUCACCCCCAAGGAGCGGACAUUCCAAUACCAGGACUCCCUCCCCUCACUGCCCCUACCAACUCUCCGAGAUUCGCUGGACAAAUACCUGUACUCAGUGAAGCCACAUGUGACAGAGGAGGAAUAUAAGAAGACAGAGGCUGUUGUUAAGGAGUUCGAGGCUGGUACUGGGAAGGAGUUGCACAAGAAACUACUGGAAAGAGCCAAGACACAUAGAAACUGGCUAUCAGAAUGGUGGUACAAUUUUGCAUACUUGGAGCCACGAUACCCCACCCCCGUGUACGUGAAUAUCUCGGGCCCGGGGCCGUUCCAUGACCACUACUGGCCUGUGCAGGACGGCACCCAAGUGGAAAGAUCUGCCAUCACUAUCUGGCACACGCUUAACUUCUGGAAACUCAUGAAAAAUGAGGAGUGGCCAGUAGACAAGGUGGACCGAGGGAAGACCCCCUGCAGUAUGGAACAGUACCGAAACCUGUUCAACACCUGUAAGAUCCCAGGGGAGAAGAGAGACAAGCUGGUCUCACACUUCAAGACAGUGUAUGAAGGAGAUAGCCCCACCCAUCUCUGUGUUCUACAUGCUGGAAGAAUCUUCAGCAUGGAUGUGGUUGAUGAGAACAACGUUCCCUAUACUCCACCAGAGCUGCAACAGCAGCUAACUGUUAUAAAAGAGAAGUGUUCAGGACAGCCGCAAGGACCUGGGGUGGGAGCACUCACUGCAGAACAGAGGACAAAGUGGUGGCAGUUACGGAACAGGCUGAUCGGACUGGACAGCAGAAAUCAACAGAACCUGGAAGCCAUCGAAAAAAGUCUGAUCUGUUUUACUCUUGAUGACGCCUCACCAACUAAUGACACUGAGAUCACAACCCAAGGUUUGACAGGUGACUGCUUCAACCGCUGGUUUGACAAGUCCUACAAUACCCUGAUGUUCAACAAUGGUACCCUGGCCUCUAACUGUGAUCAUGCAGCGUUUGAUGGGAUUGUCCUGGUGGUGUUAAACUGGUACUUGGACCAGAAAAUCAAGGAGGCACAGGGGGUCUGGAAGGGUACAGUUCCAGUGAGGAAGGUACCAGAGCCAAAAGAGUUGGUCUUCACUAUAGAUGAAGCAAUGGGGAAGGCCAUACAGGAUGCUGCACUGCAAUAUCAGGAAAUGGCAAGUGACUUACACGUGCACUGUCUGAAGUUUAAGACAUUUGGGAAGAACUUUACCCGCUCCCACAAGUUACAUCCGGAUGGACUUGUACAGCUUGCCCUACAACUUUCUUACUACAGGACGUAUGGCAAACCUGCGCCCACCUAUGAGACAGCGACCACUCGUAAGUUCUACAUGGGACGGACAGAGACCUGUAGAACGUGUACGCCUGAAGCCGUGGCCUUCUGUAAGGCAAUGGUGAACAGGGCUACCACGUCUGCUGAGAGACUACAGGCACUCCGUACAGCCAACGAGAAGUUUAUUUGGCUGAUGGGGGAGUGUAAUUUGAACAGAGGUUGUGACCGACAUCUCCUAGGGUUGCAAAUCCUGUCUGAUCAAGCUGGAAUGACACGACAUGAAAUCUACACAGAUCCAGCCUGGACUAAGAGCGGUGGUGGAGGAAACUUUGUCCUGUCCACAAGCACCCUGGGAUACACGUCCAUAUAUGGCGGCUGUGCACCCAUGCGCCAUGAUGGAUAUGGUUGCUUCUACAAGAUAGAGAACGAUUCAAUGGCGAUUUGCGUGACGGCAUGGAAGAGUAAUGCGGAAACCUGUGCGGUGAAGAUGGCGGGCAGUAUCGAGCAGUCCCUGUUGGAUAUCCAGCAGCUCUGCACCUCCAGUAGGAUGUAACUGUAUGUGUGUGGUUAGAGCCUACCUGAAGGAGACACAGAAAGUCAUCCAGCUUAAUCCAUCCUCCUACGCCCGGUUCCCAACGGCUAGCUAACUGCGUUUUGGGGCCCUGCUGUCUGGUGGCCCACCAGCAGUUACUGUGAUUGUUGCUACAAAUCAACCAAUCAAAUAGGCCUUUCUUUGGCUUUCUGUUUACGAAAGCCAUCUCGCCAAUCAUGUUACGUCUUACAUCCUCCUACGCCCGAUCCCCAAUAGCUGACUGCUCAUAUAAAGGCAAGCUCAUUAAUAUUCAUAAGCAGGGCGGUCAGUAACUGAUCUGAGUGCACCAGACAGCAGAGGUGACCACAAGGAGUUUCGACACGACUGUGGUCCCUCUGCGUAGGAGAAUGGCUUAAUCAUGCAGCCCUUAUGCUCAAAAUUUUGAUGCUGCUGUAGUGUAGUAUUGGUGCCGACUGCCAUGGUAAUUUCACAAUAAUAGUAAUUAUGCUUGUCCAAGCAGUAUCACUCCUUUAAUUUUGAAUUCCAGAAAAUAAAAGCUUUGGAUGAACAGCAUGGUCCAGCGUAACGUCCAGCCUGCUAAGUUACUAGUAGCCAGAAUCCAAUGCAAGAAUGAUGUACAUGUACCAUGUGGCCCUAAUGCUAAUUUUAAUGCUGCCAUUGUGUAGCAUUGGAGCCGACUGCUGUGGUAAUUUUACAAUACUAGUAAAUAUGGCGGGCAAAGAGAAUACUGUUUGAAUUGUUCUUUUAUUCAAGAUGAUGAAAAUCUUAGAUUACACUGUUUUAGUACUAACAUCAUAUCGCAUAGAUGGUUGUAGUAGCAAGAACUAAUCUCCAAAAGCUGGCUUUAUCAAAUAGAGAGAAAAAAGGUCUAGAGACAUAAGCAAAAAGCACUCUGAGAGUGCAGAUGCAUUCUCCUUAUACUACAAAUAUGUGUUUUGCUUGCCUUUUAAGAUAAUGGUCCAAGGAUAAAAUAAUCCUAGCUUUUCUCUUUUAUAUUAUUCAAAGUUAAUUGAAUGUGGUUAAGGUGCCAUUUCCCUUUUUUCAGCUACAUAUUGUGAUAUUAAGGGUACAACAUUCAUGUUAUUCAUAAUUUUGUUUUUCUUUAUUUUGGGGAGUCAUGGUGCUCAAAACAUCUAAUAUUCAUUACACAUCGACACACAACUUGGAGCUGGUAUUGGUAAAUGUAUUUAGAUAAAAGUUUUCUUAAGUCUGAACACUAAACCAUGCUGCUGCUUACAUGUAUUUGCUUCUCUUAAAUUAAUAUUAGAAACUUUAUGGUAUACGUAAUGUUUUUUUACCUUACUGUCAAACAUUGUCAUGUAAAUGAAAACACAAUGCUUUGUAAGGCCACUACAGGUUAGGCCAUGUUGCUUUGAUUAUAUGGAUGACAUCAUGUUGAAACUCCAAAACUGAUGCGAGUUUGCAAAGAAAAAGGUUAAGCAAAAAAAUAUUGUUUAAAGCAGUUAAACAUUAUGGAAUCCAUUUUGCCAGGAAGGUUGAACAAAUGACUUAACACACAGAUAGGUAUACCAAACAAUAGAGUUAGUUUUGAUUUUGUAUCUUUGACUUUGGCAUUGUCUUUGCCACUCAUAAAGUAUUAGUUUUCAAUAUUUUUUGGCAAUUUUUGGUAUAUAUUUGUUUAUUUAGCAGAUGCUUUGUAUGGUUUAUGUUAUGAUGCAAUUGCGAAUAUUAUCCAUAUAAUCAAAUCAAUAUGGCAUAGGGGUGCUCUUUUAGGGUCCUAUUGUAUCAUGGUCUCUAACUAAAAGGUCUGUUGGAAUGAAAAUAUUACACAUGCAAUGCCCACAACAUUGCAUCAACAAAAAGGUACCUUAGAUUUCUGUGUACAUAUCAUCUAUUCAUGGACAAUAUCAUACUUUGUAUUAGACCAGAAUAGAAGAA